UUUGUCUCGCACACACACAUUCACACACACAGCUCAUGUCUUGUUAUGAGAUUCCACUUCUCUCUCUCAUUCUCUAAAUGACUGAUGGUCUGUUCUUGACUGUUAAUUUCAGUUCCAAAAGAAAUAAGAGCAGGUUCGAAGAAGACUGAAAGUUAAUCAAAGCAGCAGGAGCGUUGCUCCUUGCGGAGGAGUGUAACACCUGUAACCACACACACAAACACACAAACCCAACCCCUCGUGAUGUGAUGCUGCCCUUGUCCAGACCUCGGUGCGUGUCGGCGCUCCUCUCUCCGCGGUAAGCUGACAGCUGAAGAAGCUGGAGGACGCUGGACGUUAUGGAGGUCCCUGUUUCUCAGGCUCACGCACCACUCGCACCAAUGCCUCCGCUCGCCCCACAAACCCAGCACAGGAAACGACCCGAGGACUUUAAGUUCGGCAGAAUCCUUGGAGAAGGUUCCUUCUCAACCGUGGUUCUAGCAAAAGAGAUUUCAACAGAAAAGGAAUACGCAAUCAAGAUUCUGGAGAAGCUGCACAUCAAGAAGGAGAAUAAAACACACUAUGUAAAGCGAGAGAGAGACAUCAUGUCCAGCAUCAAUCAUCCCUUUUUUGUAAAGCUCUACUUCACAUUUCAGGAUGCUGAAAAAUUAUAUUUCGGACUUAGUUACGCAAAGAACGGCGAACUUCUCCGCUACAUCCGCAAGAUCGGCUCCUUCGACGAGACGUGUACGCGCUUUUACACCGCAGAGCUGGUGUGUGCUCUCCAGUACCUCCACUCAGUGGGGAUUAUUCACAGGGACCUGAAACCUGAGAAUGUUUUACUGAACGAGGACAUGCACAUUCAGAUCACAGAUUUCGGGACGGCGAAGCAGUUUUCUUCAGACAGCUCUCAGACUAGAGCAAACUCUUUUGUGGGGACCGCGCAGUACGUUUCACCUGAGCUGCUGACUGAAAAAUCAGCAUGUAAAAGUUCGGACCUUUGGGCUCUAGGCUGUAUAGUUUACCAACUGGUGGCUGGAUUGCCCCCCUUCAGAGCAGCGAACGAAUACUUGAUAUUCCAGAAGAUCAUAAAACUGGAGUAUGACUUUCCAGAGAAAUUCUUUUCCAAAGCUAAGGAUCUGGUGGAGAAGCUAUUAUGUUCAGAUCCUGCUAAGCGUCUUGGCUGUGAGGAGAUGGGAGGCUACAAUCCCCUGAAAGGCCAUGCCUUCUUCGAGAGCAUUUCUUGGGAGAACCUUCAUCUGCAGACUCCACCGAAACUCACCCCGUACCUGCCGGCCAUGGCCGAGGAUGAGGAGGAGUACUAUGGCAACUAUGACGACCUCCUGAGUCAGUUUAGCAGCAUGGAGGUGGUUCACUCCAGUUCCUCGCAGGCUCUCUCGGUGCCAACCAUGCUGCUGCCCCAGAGAUCCACCAGCAACAUCGAGCAGUACAUCCAUGACCUGGACAACAACUCCUUCGAGCUGGACCUGCAGUUCUCCAGCGAGGAGAAGCAGCUGCUGUUGCAGAAGCAGACCAGCAGGAACCCCUGGCACCAGUUUGUUGGAAACAAUUUGAUACUAAAAAUGGGACCAGUUGACAAAAGAAAGGGCUUGUUUGCACGUCGAAGGCAGCUGCUGCUGACGGAGGGGCCACAUCUCUACUACGUAGAUCCUGUGAAUAAAGUCCUUAAAGGGGAGAUCCCCUGGUCUCCUGAGCUACGACCGGAAGCAAAAAACUUCAAGACUUUCUUUGUCCACACGCCACACAGGACGUAUUAUUUAAUGGACCCCAACGGCAACGCGGACAAAUGGUGUAAGAAGAUCCAGGAAGUCUGGGGAAAGAUUUACCACAAUCAUCAAUCUACUGACAUGUAGAGAGAGAGAGAGAGAGAGAGAGAGAGAGAGAGAGAGAGAGAGAGAGUGUGUUUCCUCAAGUCAAGACACAUCCUCAUAAUCUGAGCCUUUUAUUUAGUUAAGCACCUUGUGGCAAGAAGAGCAUUUAAAAAGUAAGUUUAAAAAAAGACCAUUCUGUAGCAGGCUUGUGCGAUAGAGGUACGAUUUUUUUCCCCAAUCGAGAUUUUCGGCUUUUUGAAUACUGCGAUAAAUGAUUUAAUCAUCCAGAACUUUUAGCCUUAAAAAUGGAUGAAAAUGAUCACUUCCACAGGUUCAGGUUUAAGAAGGAGGAGGGAGUAAUAAUAUUAUCAGUGCUGUCGGGAUCCGAGUCGUCCGUGGGAACUCUGCUGAUUGCUGAUAAGCGAUUCUGCAGAAAUUCGCAGUCGUUGCUGCUCACACUGUUUUCAUCACUUUCUAAUUUAUUAACGUGGCGUUUAAAGUGUCCGAUUUGACACUUCACUGCCUUCCUCUUCAUUCUUUGUUCUUUCUCUCUCUCUUUAAUUUCUUUCCCUAAUGCAUGCACUCUAACAGUAGCUGAAGCGUUUUUCAGACAGGAUUCAAUUUCCCAAAGUCUUGGAGGAUUUUUUUUAUUUCUAUCCGGAUCUGGGAGAGUUUAUGGAAACUCAUCACUCGUCUGAUGUCCGCGAUUCUCGAAGUGGAUGCACAAGCUGUUAAUGUUACUGCCGAUUGCCGUGUUCGGUCUCGUCGCAUAGUAUCCGUGCCCCUCCCCCAGAGCUAAUACACUUCACAAUUCGCAAAAGGAAAAACGGACGUGUGAACGGAUCGUGAUGUUGUGACUGUAUGACGCAACCACCGUUAUUCAGCUGAAAAGAAUUCUUACAGACAUCUGUCUGAUAAAUUAAUCUGGUCCAAAUAUCAAACCUUUCGAAUUUCACAUAAAUGAACUCGAAAUGUUCUCCAUUUUUUUGUUUGUCUAUCUAAAACUAGAAGUAUUGGCACACUGUCUGUCUGUAUGCCUGUCUACCUGUUUGUCUGUCUAUCUAUCUGUCUGAAACGAAAAGUAUUGGCACCCUGUCUAUCCAUUUUUAUAGAUUUUUUUUUUUUUAGUUAACGUGUGAUAUUUUUUUUUGCGUAGAACCCUGAAUGUUCGACAGCUGACUGGUUUAAUAAUAUAACGUGAUAUAAUCCCUGAGACAUGUCACUGAGAUGGUGGAAGCAUAAUAUCAUGUAGGGAAGAAUGCGUGGUAAUAUCGCACAAGCCUGAGGAAGCCCACGAACGUUCUGCUUGGUCUCUGUGCUCGUCAGCACACACCUUGCUCUGUAGUGUUCUGCAGAUUUCUAAUCUUACUUUCAUUUAUAAGGAUAAGAGCCAGCGCACUGCUACUGAUAAGCCUGUAUAGAGCUCAAAGCUCCACAUGCAUCGAUCUGCGUUCCCUUUAAGGGCUGCAGUUAAGUUAAAAAACGACUGUCUGUCAUCAGCGACGAGGCUCCUGACGCCACAGGUACUCGGAAGUCAGUGGAGGAAGAGAAAAGCCAGAGGAUUGCAUUUUGCACUGAACUGUACAUAAACGCAGGACGAGCAUAUCAAUCGGUUCUACAACUGCUGUAGACGUUUUUGUUGCACCUUCCUCGUUUGAGGACUUUUUUCCAGCAUGAAAAUUAGUGCCUGUUAUGUUGGACAUCUUAAUCCAGACUUUUUAUUUAUUAACGUGUGAGUGUGCAGGGAGUCAGGAAACUCUGCCCCUUGUGCUUGUCUUCUGUACAUUAUUGUGUAUAAGUUUGCAUUAUUUAACAUGGGGCACGCUAUCAGGGAAGUCUGAUGAGUUACAGGAGUCACAGUUUGAAAUCUGGAGCUGCAGACGAUAUUUGUGGGUUUUGUUGCUCCUUUAAGUCCUGUAUUUAAGGCUUUGCUGCUGUGUCAUCACUUAAAAGACUAAAAAACUGUUCAUGCUGAAUGGGAUCGUUUUGGCAUUACAGUGAUGUUUAAUUUGUACUUUUGUGGUUGUUGGUUGGUUAAUUUAUUCAUUUUUUUUGUAGGUUUACAGAUUUUUUUUAAAAAUACGUUUAACAUUUGGCUAAAGGUACACUUAAGGGCUUUUCAGAUGUGAAAUCUUUCCCUGUAUGAUGACAAACUGGAGCUAAACUCAGUCCUGGGUUGAUGUAGUUGGAGGUUUCACACUGCUCCUACUUUCCCCGGGGUUAACACUGAAUCCUGGCUCUUUAUAAUCUGACCUUGUGUCACACUGUACAUCCCUAAACCCUGCUGCAACCUUCUUCUCAUUUGCAUAUCCGCAGCAUCGACAACCCUGAUCGGAUAAAUCCAGCGUGCGGCCGCUUUAAAUAACGCCACGUCUCACGCUUUCACAUCAGUGAGGAAAAAAGUUCAGGUCUGUGGCUCUGCACCUGAGCAGGUUUUGUUAUCUUUCACAACUUUCUCUUCUUUUUUGUUCUUCUGAAGUUUGUCGUCUAGUCGACCAGACGUCCGGCGACAUCUCUGUAACUUCCUCUAAUUUCUCAGCAUGACGUAUUUCCCCCUCACUACGGCGUGCACUUCCGUGAUGUUCAGCGUUUUGUCUCCUGACUCUAUCUACAGAGCCGUUUUUGUUCAGUGUCUCUACGUCCUGCUUUUCCCCUGAUAUGUGGCACAGAGACAUUGUUCACUUUCUCAUUGGGUUUCUGUUGUUAAGUGUCGAGUCGUAACAUUGGAACAGCACGUCGUUUUACACUGAACACGUUUAGCACCGCAGUGUGGACUUAACACUGUAAAGGCUUCAGAGCAGGGUUUCAUAACCCCGGGGAAACGCAUGGAAAACCUUCCUCUAGCCAGGGUUAUGUGCGUUGUUUAGAGCCACACUAACCUGAGGUUAAGGGCGGGGUUUGGAGCCAUAAUAACCCUGGGUUAAGGGCUGGGAUUAGAGCCACAAUAACCCUGGGUUAAAGGCAGGGUUUAGAGCCACAAUAAUCUGGGGUUAAGGGCAGGGUUUAGAUCCACAAUAACCCGGGGUUAAGGGCAGGGAUUAGAGCCACAAUAAACCUGGGUUAAAGGCUGGGAUUAGAGCCAUAAUAACCCUGGGUUAAGGGCUGGGAUUAGAGCCACAAUAACCCUGGGUUAAGGGCAGGGUUUAGAUCCACAAUAACCUGCGGUUAAGGGCGGGGAUUAGAUCCACAAUAACCCAGGGGUAAAGGCAGCAUUUAGGGCCACAAUAACCCGGGGUUAAGGGCGGGGAUUAGAGCCACAAUAACCCUGGGUUAAGGGCUGGGAUUAGAGCCAAAAUAACCCUGGGUUAAGGGCUGGGAUUAGAGCCACAAUAAUCUGGGGUUAAGGGCAGGGUUUAGAGCCACAAUAAUCUGGGGUUAAGGGCAGGGAUUAGAGUCACAAUAAUCCAGGGUUAAGCGUGGGGAUUAGAUCCAUAAUAAUCUGGGGCUAAGGGCAGGGUUUAGAGCCACAAUAACCCAGGGUUAAGGGCAGGGAUUAGAGUCACAAUAACCCAGGGUUAAGGGCGGGGAUUUGAUCCACAGUAACCCAGGGUUAAGGGUGGGGAUUAGAGUCACAAUCUGGGGUUAAGGGUGGGGAUUAGAUCACCAAUAACCCAGGGUUAAGGGUGGAGAUUAGAUCCAUGACAAUCCGGGGUUAAGGGCAGGGGUUAGAGCCACAAUAACCCAGGUUUAAGGGUGGGGAUUAGAGCCACAAUAACCCAGGGUUAAGGGUGGGGAUUAGAGCCACAAUGACCCAGGGUUAAGGGCAAGGAUUAGAGCCACACUAACCUGGGUUUAAGAGCAGUGUGGAAAACUUCUUUUUUUUUGGCUACAUUAUUAUUUUUUUUAAUUUAGCUGUGUUUUUGUGUUUGUUUCAGUUUUUUUUAGCUCUAGUGGAAUCCUCUAUAGCUGUAAAUAAGAUCUAUAAACUCAAUCCCAAACACACAAGGAAAUGCUGUAUCUGUGGAAAUUACCACGUGGAUGUGGAUUUCUCCUGAUGGACUUUUUUCUUUGUACGUUCGAGACUCUACCUGCUCUGUUGCCGAAAUCAACUGUGAUGUACAGAUCUUCAGAAAGUAACGUAACGUUACAGAGAUACAGCUUUUAUAUUUUUAUUCUUCUAUCAGAUGAUUUGCUGACGAUGGUUCAGCUGGCUGUUUGUUUGUGUUUUAUUUAAAGUCUAAUAUAUGAACCGUGUUAUGAGAGAUGACAUUCGGGGGCCAUCAGCUACAUCCAGUCAUGUAAAGCCUUUUGAAUGGGAGAAAAAAUAAUCAAUUGUAAGCUAUUAUCUUUCGCUGCCUUCUCAUUUCAUCAUACGAUUUCUGUUUGGUUAUUGAAUGAAUUAUUCAAAUGUAAAUGUUUAUUUUUUGGGGGGUUUUGCGUGUUAUUUAAAGAUGGAUGGCGAAAUAUCUCACAUGGAUAUGUGGUGAAUCCUGUAAUAAAAGCAUGUAUGUUUAUUA